AUGUCUGUCGUCCCCGCCCUCAAGGGCGACUUGCCACAGCAGGCACGGUCCUUGUAUCGGCAGCUUCUGCGUCAAGGCGAGCAGUUUCAGGCCUACAAUUUCAGAGAGUACGCGAAGCGGCGGACGAAAGACGCCUUCCGAGAGAACAUGGGUGUGCAGGACCCCAGGGAGAUACAAACCCUCCUUCAGAAGGGCCUCAAAGAGUUGCAGAUGAUGAAGUUCCGCCAGAACACCCAAACCCGACGCGGGAAUCGCAGCGGGUAUGUCGAGCACGACGAUUUCGAGGGCCUGCCCGUGAGGCAAUGGCGCCAGGAAUGGGUCAGCAUUGCGCCGCCGUUGCCUGCAGACGCGACGCAGAAGAACGACGUAUGGGCCAUCGAACUGCCGCACGGCAUGCCCAAGGAUUCGCACCUACUGCCUACGCACACGCAAGAGUUACUGAGGGCGGCUCGCUCUGGCCGGCUAUACAAGCGCCCGCUGCCUACCGAAGAAGAGGAGGUCGACGCCGAUGCUGCCAUACCAGAGAAGCCGGAAAAGAAAGAGGAAGACCCGAGCACCAAGGGCUUCCAAGUGAGGGUCUGGAAGCAGAUUGCCCGCAACGCCGAGGGUCCCGGCGUUUCUCAUCUAGCUAAGCGGAGGAAGGGCAUCGUUACGUUGUCCUCGGACCUCCCGGCCGGGGCGUCGUCUGGCCCAACUGUGAUGCGAGCCACCGUUCGCCGCAUCGAUGCUGCCGGGAAUCCAUACACGCAGGAGGUCACGUUGAACGAAGGGCAGCAUGUAGAGGGCGAGAUCAUAUCGACCACGGUCGUGCCAGCACCCGAGCCCGCCAUGCCCGUAGAGGCAUCCCCCUCCGCGCGGAGGCGGCCCCCGCCACCUAAGAGGAAACCUAAAGGCCCCGGCCGGGGACGGAAGAAGAAGCUACCACUCCCGGCUACUACGCGACAUGGCGCACCGAGUUCCGGCGCUGGCGCCGCCCCAGAAGGCGCCAAGCCAAGCAGCAUGGAGCAGAACGGCGUCAAACCAUCAGGCGACCAGCCAGAAAUUAAGAGUCAGGAUGUCGAGAUGGCUGACGACGACGACGUGGAUGAUGGGGAUGAUGACGGCGACGACGGUGAAGACGGCGAAGAUAGUGAUGUGGACGGCGAGAGCGGCUCGGGCUUCCGGGCCGAGAGCGAAGUGGGCGGCGACAACGCGGUAGAAGCUACACCUACUGCUUCUGCUGCUGACCAACCUGGGCUGUCCGUCACGGAAGAAACCGCCGCCGACGUCUCAACUGGAGAUGGGCUCGUGCUCGGACCCAGCACUCUCGACCUACCCCUCACCCAAUCCCACGCACAUUUUGAAGGAAGUCCGCUUAAGAACGUCGUAACCGCUAAUUCGCCAACCGAUUCCGCGCCAAAAGAUAUAUCGAGGGAGCUAGAACCUUUGGAGGGUGCUACCACGGUCGAGACACUACCGGAGACACUCCCCGAUCCAGUUCCGGUGGUAUCCGGACCCGACGAUGUGUUUUCUCUGCCAACGGCCCCGAGUCCAGCCAAGCCUGCCGAGGAUGUGGAAAUGUGGGAUAUCUCCGGCGGGUUGCCCCCUGACGAGAUAGUGGAAGAUGGGCUGGCAGUCGAUUCUAACCGCCAGCCACUAAUCUCCGUGGAGAUUGAUAGUGAAUCGCAUCAGCAGACAGCUGUCCCUUUUAUCGACGCAUUGCCAACUGCGGAUCCGACAGCAACGUCGACGACGACGCAUAUCGAGGAUAUCCCCGCGGACCUUACCUUUGACAUAUCGCCCGGAGUCGUGUCGGAAACGCUGAACUUCGAGCAGCAAGCGGCAACAGAAGAGUACCGGAGCCAAGACCAAGACAUAGGUCAAGAUCUGGGCGAGGACCUGGGUCCGGACUUGGGUCAGGACCUGGUGAACGAUCUGGGUCAAGAUCUGGGCCACCGGGAAAGCGCAGAGGAGGGCGUAUCCGGGGCGACGGCUACGGAUGCGGCGGCCACGAACCUAAACCCGCCACCGCCGCACCACCAGCAACAAGCGUCGGGCGAAGUCCCGGACGAGGCCACAGCGAUGGUUACGGCGACGGCGGCCGAUCCCAUACCGAUCCCCGAGCCAGCCGGCGCAGCGACGCCCGGAAGGGUAGAGGGGAACGAUCCCGGGAGUCCAGACCUAUUCAGCGGGCUCGAGGCGGCGCUGGACCGACAGGGCGAGCAGGACGAACCGGGGCCGGGGCCGGGACCGGAGCUGGAGCUGGCGCUGGCGCUGGAACCAGAGCUAGCGACGGAGCCUGAGCCGCCGGCUCUGGAGAGUACGGGCGCGGGCGCGGGCGCGGGCGCGGGAGAGGUGACGGGGGAGGGCGAGAGCGCGGAUGCGAACGUGAACGCGAACGCGAGCGAAGCCCUAGAUAUAUCGAUCGGCGCACCCUUGGAAGGGCAGCAGUAG